GGAUUUAGAUCGUUACGAGUGCUCGUGGUAGACGGAUGGUGCAUCAGCGUUGGGAUUAAUAUAUAUUCGGCAUUUUUUCGACUUCAUCUCGUGAUAUUUUUUUAUUUUGUCAACUUUUUUUGCAUUUUAAUCUGCGAUGUGGCGUUUGUGUCAACUACGCGCAACAAUCGCGCCCUCGCUCACCCGACAGCGUCAUCAUAGUCGCGUGAUUGCCAUACGUCGCGAGGAUCAAUCGGUUUGGGAGAGACGUGCACCGUUUGGGCCAACACAUGUCCAGAAGCUGGUUAAACAGGGUGUCAAGGUCAUUGUCCAGCCUUCCAAUCGACGCGCCUACCCAAUGCAGGCGUAUAUGCAAGCUGGUGCCCAGAUACAAGAAGACAUCAGCGAUGCUUCGGUUAUCUUUGGAGUCAAACAGGUGCCAAUCGAUGCACUUAUACCAGGAAAAACUUAUUGCUUCUUCUCGCAUACGAUUAAAGCACAGGAAUCUAAUAUGCCCCUUCUGGAUGCUAUACUCGAAAAGAAAAUCCGAUUAAUUGACUAUGAACGUAUAAUUGAUGAACGCGGCUCUCGCCUGGUGGCAUUUGGAAAGUACGCCGGAGUCGCUGGUAUGGUUAACAUAUUGCAUGGCAUCGGACUACGUCUGUUGGCCCUGGGACACCACACUCCCUUCAUGCACAUUGGACCCGCCCACAAUUAUCGGAACUCGUCGAUGGCCCGCCAGGCGAUACGUGAUUGUGGCUAUGAGAUUUCACUGGGAAUGAUGCCAAAAUCAAUUGGACCGUUGACUUUUGUAUUCACCGGUUCCGGCAAUGUGUCUCAGGGUGCACAGGAAGUGUUCUCCGAGCUGCCUGUGGAGUAUGUGCCGCCAGAGAUGUUGCGCAAGGUUGCAGAGCAUGGCAAUCAAAAUAAGCUAUACGGAUGCGAGGUAAGCCGAUCCGAUCAUCUGGAGCGUCGUGAGGGCGGCGGUUUCGAUGCCAAGGAGUAUGAUGAAUAUCCAGAACGUUAUAUAUCCACAUUUAAUCAGAAGAUUGCCCCUUAUGCUUCAGUUAUUGUCAAUGGCAUCUAUUGGGCUGUUGGCAGUCCAAAGUUGAUCAGUAUUCCGGAUGCCAAGAAUUUAUUACGUCCAGCUAAUACACCCUGGCUGCCAACCAGCAAGGGUAGUCCCGCACUUCCUCAUCGUAUGCUCGCCAUUUGCGAUAUUUCCGCUGAUCCCGGUGGUUCCAUAGAAUUCAUGAACGAGUGUACUACGAUCGAUACACCAUUCUGUCUUUAUGAUGCUGAUCGCAAUAAGGACACCAAGAGCUUUAAGGGACCCGGCGUACUGGUCUGCUCCAUUGAUAAUAUGCCCACUCAACUGCCACGUGAAUCCACGGAUUUGUUCGGUGAACUGCUGUCGCCACAUGUCCAUGAUAUCAUCAAAAGCGAUGCCAAGAAGCGGCUCCAAGAUGAACAGUUUUCCUAUCCCAUACAGUCGGCCAUUAUCGCUAGCAAUGGAGAGUUGACCGAGGGCUUCCAGUACAUUCAAGAGUUGCGCGAGUCGCAGGGCAACCGCUCCCGCCAUAAGAUGGAGGGUCGCUCCGAGUCGCACAAGAAGGUGCUGGUGCUAGGAGCCGGAAUGGUGUCGGCACCUCUGGUCGAGUGGCUGCAUCGGGAGAAGGAUGUCAGCAUUACGGUGUGUUCACAGGUCAAGGAGGAGGCAGAUCGAUUGGCCCAACAAUAUGCCGGAGUCGAUAGUGUCUAUUUGGAUGUGAAUGAGAGCACAGGACACUUACAGGAAUUGUGUGGGAAGGCGGAUGUUGUGGUCUCCCUGUUGCCCUAUAGUCUGCAUGGCAUGAUUGCCCGUUAUUGUGUUGCGGAACGCACUCACAUGGUGACCGCCAGUUACGUUAAUGAUGAGAUUUCCGCACUGCACGAUGAAGCGCGCGCCAAUGGAGUGACCAUUAUGAAUGAAGUGGGUCUCGAUCCGGGCAUUGAUCAUCUCUUGGCUCUCGAGUGCAUACAUGAAGUGCAGGAGAAGGGCGCCGUUGUGGAGUCCUUUGUUAGCUACUGCGGUGGAUUGCCUGCUCCGGAGCACUCCGACAAUGCGUUGCGUUACAAGUUCUCCUGGUCCCCGCGUGGAGUUCUCCUCAACACACUAUCGGCAGCCAAGUAUCUGAGUCAGGGACAGAUUGUGGAGAUCUCGGGAGGCGGCGAACUGAUGUCCACACCACGUAGCUUGGAUUUCUUGCCAGGAUUUGCACUCGAGGGUUUCCCCAAUCGCGAUUCCACCAAAUAUGGUUCACUUUAUGGACUGGGCAGGGAUGUGCACACACUUCUCCGCGGCACCAUUCGCUACAAGGGCUUCUCAGAGUCCAUCAAACCGAUGCAGCUAUUAGGUUUGAUCGAUCCAGAGCCACAUGCUCUUCUCCAUCCUAGUGGACCGGAUGUCACUUGGCGUCAGCUGGUUACCAAUCUGCUAGGCAUGUCCGACACAAGCAUCUUCUAUGAGAAUCUGAAACAGAAACUGGUGGAACGUCUUGGCGAUGUGGAUGGCAUUGAGAGUCUGGGUUUGUUGGAUGAAACACCUGUGGUGAAGCUAAACUCCCCAUUGGACACGCUCAGCCAUUAUCUAUCCAAGCGUUUGGCUUUCGCGCCCCAAGAGCGUGAUUUGGUGGUGUUGCGUCAUGAGGUGGGAAUCCGCUGGCCCGACGGUCGCCGUGAGGAGCGUGGCAUCAAUUUUGUGGUCUAUGGUCAGCCGCAAGGUCACUCCGCCAUGGCCAUGACUGUGGGCAAACCCGCCGCCAUUGCAGCCAAAAUGAUUCUCGAUGGUGAAAUCCAAGAACGAGGUGUUUUGCUGCCCUUCACACCUGACAUCUAUCGCCCCAUGUUGCAGCGUCUGCGCUCCGAGGGUUUGACUGCCACGGAAACCUCCAGAUGGCUCAACUAAUUACCUGAUUAUCUGAAUACCCUGUAAAAAUGUAAUUCAACAAUGAAUGUACGCAAUUGUUGCACUUCUUUGACUGUUGUUAAUAUUCUUCUAGUUUAUAAAUGCUUUUUUCUUCGUCAUUUCGUAUAUCAAACAAAACUUAGAUAAGACUGCACUUGGUUAUCUGUAAAUAUGUAUGUAUAUGUACAUAUGUAUACUAUAUGAUAUGUACUUAUGAUUAUAAUUUUUAUUUUAAAGCAGCAGAACGGUUAAAUGAUUACGUUCAAGUUAUCUACGACAAAUUCUUUUGAAAUUGUGAAUAAACUUUAAAAUUUAUUGUUAA